AUGGCUACCGGUGACCUCACGCCAGCAGGCGACAGCCAAAAGCCCCCGGCUUCCGACAUCCCCAUCCGCAACAAGACAACAGAUGACUUCGAGUACAACACCACCCGCAAUCCUCCUCCCGUAUCACCGCUCCAGCUAACUAUCGUCUCAACAUACCACUCCCUUCUCCAAGACCCCGACCUGACAAAACCCGUCGCCGCCAUCGAGGCCCUCAUUUCCCUCCUCAACGCCUCGGGCACCACAACCGUCUACGAGACGCUCGACCUCGUCAAGCGCGCAUCAAACACCCUCCACGCCUCCGUCAAGAACCCCGUGCCCCUCCAGGCCGGCACCGACCUGUUCCUGCAGUACCUUGUCUCCUCGCUUAAGCAGCAGGAGGGUUCCUCGUCCGCUGCCGCGAGCCCGCACCAGUCCUUUGACGCCGUCCGCACUCACCUCCUGCGCAAUGGCCGCCUCUUCGCCUCCCGCGCCAUCGCCGCCCGCGACCGUAUCGCCGAUGCCGGCUGGCGCUUCGUCCGCGAUGGCAAGGUCGUCCUGACCCACGGCGCCUCCCGCGCUGUCUCCACCCUUCUGUUCCGCGCGGCCGACCAGUUUGGCGACGGCGGCGUGCGCUUCAAGGUCGUCUACGUCCGCGAUGAGCACCGCCCCGCCGAGUCGGACCGCGUCGUGCGGGAGCUCCGCGAGAAGGGCAUCCCCGUCGCCGAGAUCGCCGAGCCCGCCGUUGCGCACGUCUUGGGCUUGCUGCGCCAGGUCCACAUGGUCUUCGUCGGCGCCGAGGCCGUCACGCAGAACGGCGGCAUCAUCUCGCGCAUGGGCACCUACCAGAUCGCCAAGCUGGCGAAGCAGGCCGGCCUGCCCUUCUACGUCGCCGCCGAGUCGCACAAGUUUGUGCGCAAGGUUCCCCUGGACCAGCGGGACUUGGGUUUCAAGCAGCAUGUGUUGGACUUCCGGACGGACGGCGCGAGCGUGCAGCCCGAGGACGCCGUGGACUACACUCCGCCUGAUUUCAUUUCGAACCUUGUGACGGAAAACGGUGUUAAGCUGCCUAGCUACGUGUUCGAGCAGCUUCUCGAUAUUUACGGCAGUCUCAACGGUUGA